CGUUCAUAUCAGCCAAUUAAAAAUAUUGUUAAAAUUUUAUUUACUAUUUUUUUAAACCUUAACAUCCUUAAUAGAUUAUAUAUAUUGUCAUAUUGUAAUAUUCUGCCUAGUAACGUAAUGAAAUUUAUGUCAUCAUGAUCAAUGACAAGAAGAUAAAGAGAACACCUCAACAUCCUCAUCCUGUAGCUUUUUCUCACCCUCAACCUCAUCUACAGCACAAUGGUGCACCAGCUAAUUUUUAUUAUAACAACCUACCACCUGCAUUAGUUAAUUCUUCCUAUCAACGUCAAUUCAUGCUCAAUAAUGGCGCCAUUGUAAACCAAGUUUUAAAUGGGGGCCUUCCUGGCCACUACGAUGCCAACCUUUUUUAUCAGGCUACCCCUGCAUCACCUGCUCCUUCAUCUACUCAUAGGAACAACAAUAAUAACAAUGGAGCUCUGAAUAGUUUAACAUCUAAUGUAAACAACUUGAACAACAACAUCAAUUUUCAGUUAAACACUGGAGCUUUCAGGCUUGCUGGACCUCACCACCAGGCUGCCUUUUUCCCAGCAUCUCCCCUGAUAGGCAAUAGUCCUUAUGUAGUGGCCUGUUCUCUGCCCUCAUAUUUGGCCCCACCAUCUCAACAUCAUAUGCCAUUAGCACCACAAUCCCAACAACAGAUUUUAUGGGCUUCACCAUUGCCAGCAACAACACAUCAUCAGGGUUUCACAAUGGUUCCCAUAAAAAGCUCUUAUUCAAACUUAAUAGGGCAACCACAGCUUCAACCAGAAAUUUUAUCAAGCAUUAGCAACAAUAAUCCUAUGCCCUCAUCUCCAUCAUCAUCCAACAAUCGUGAGUCACAACACAUUGCAAUCACCAAUACAAUAGAACCCAAUGCUACAAUUAAUGACUCAAAUACAAUGGCAUCAACCCUUAGCUCAAACAUAAUUGACAUCACCCAACUCAAUCAAAAUUUAAUUAGAACAAGUUCUAAUCCCAAUGCAUCAAUUGAACCUAAUAUAGCCCGAAACUUUUACAAUCCACCCAUCAAUAAUAUGCCUCCUCAAGCUGCUAUAAUGACCUCAAAUAUAACAGCGAUUGGGUAUUCCCCUCAAAAUUAUUCAUCUGAUAUGGUGUCCUUUUAUUUUACACCUUCAAUGGGGGCUUUUAAUGAAUCUAAUAUCAUGUCAUCCAUCACACCAAAUCAAAUGAUUAAUCCAUUGCCAAAUAGCCCAGCUGAACCUCAUAUGCCUCUUGAUGGAUCUAAAAAUAUGCAGUUGAAGAUGGGUUUAACUUUACAAAAUUCAAUAAACCAAUCUGUCCCUUAUUCUAAUCAACAAUCUUCAGUUAAAAAAUAUUCGAAUACAUCAGAUAUUAGCAAUUCCACAAAUAGGCUUCCUACAUCUCUCAUUAUUCCACAUAAUACAUCAAUUACUAAUAGUCCUUUAUUCACUCCUUUAGCCUACAACAAAAUCAGCAAUAUUGUAAACACUGUUAAAAAAUCCACUCAAAUUUUAAUAGUAAAUCCAGAUACAGGUGACAGUUACACACCUCAAGAAUUGGCAAAAGACUACAGUGAUAGAAGUUCUGUAAAUGAAUUUAGAAAUAAAAUUACUAGCAAAGCAUUUGCCCCUGAAGAUGAAGAAAAUGAAUUUGAUAGUUCAGAAGCCAUUGAACCACAUGAUGCUAAACAAAAUGAUAGUGAUAAUGUUGGAGAUUUUGUAAUGGAUACAAUCAAUAAUGUUGAAUUAAAUAUGGAAGAAAAACCAUCAAAUAAUAAUAAAAAUGACUUGGAAAAUAAUGAAAUACAAAAUAAUGAAAUUUUGCUAUCACCAGCUAAAGAUGCUCCAGUUCAUAUGGAUAAUACUAAAUUCAUACCUAAUUCAAUUGAAAUUGAAGAUCAAAUGGAUAUUGAUGUAAGUAAUAAUGUUUCUUCAAAUAUUGAAUUAAAUGAAGAUAAUAAUAUUGACAAAGAGGGUAUAAUUAUCAUACCGGAACCUAAUGUUUCCCUGGAUAAUUCUUUAAGUCAAUACAUGCAACCAAAAAUCUUGAAAUAUUCAAUUCCAGAACUUAUCAACAUUGGGCAAUCAUUAGAUCCAGUAUAUUGCCCUGCUAUACUAAAAAGCUACCCUCUCAUUUUUGUCCACAAUCAAGCCAUGCCUAACAUAAACAAAAAAAUACCAGUACAUGAUUAUCGAUAUCAAUACAACCAAAAUAUUCCUACUAGAAACACCAAUAUUAUGUACAAGAAACCCCCAAAUAUAAGUUCUUCAUCGGAAAAUGCUUGGAAAUCUUUGGAACAACGCAAACAUAAGAUGGAUACAGAAAUGUUUAUCACAGAGGAACUCAUUGGCAAAGUUAAGGCAAUACUCAACAAAAUGGCCCCCAACAAUUUCAAUAUACUCCUGGAAGAUUUCAAAGAGUUGAACAAGCUUAUCACUACAGAUGAAAGGGUAGAGGGUGUGGUUGGUGUUAUUUUCAAUAAGGCCCUUCUGGAACCUGUUUAUGCAGAUGCCUAUGCCAACUUUUUAAAGAUUCUAGCUAAUCUCUGCAAUGUCACAACUUGCAAACCAAUGUCUGUGCUGCUCAAUAUGUCUCAGAAGGAGUUUUACACAGAUGGAGAAUUAAAAUCAAUCAAAGAUAAGGAAUGGAAUAAAAAAAUUGAGGAGGCUACAAAUGAGACUGAACGGCGAUUCCUGGAGGAAGAUUACCAUGAAUAUCUGCUUAAGACUCAGGACCGUUAUCUAGGGAAUAUCAAGUUCCUAAGCGAACUUUACAAACAUGCCCUUAUCAGUGACAAAAUAUUUAGCGAUUGUGUCAAUACACUUUUCAAAACCAAAACGGACUUAGCAUAUGAAGGCCUAUGCAACCUUCUGCGUUUUGCGGGUAAAGUUUACAUUGACCGAAAUAAAGUACAGAAGGAUCACUUAAUAGACGACCUUAUUUUAAGCUUUUCAGAUUUAGUGCAGGAGAAUUUACUUCCCCCUCGGAUUCGUUUUAUGAUCAUUGAUAUCAUAGAGCUAAAAAAUAACGAUUGGGUGCCUCGUAGAGAUGAAGAAGUUCCUAAAACGUUUGAGCAGAUUGACAAGGAGAUAGCCCUUGAAAAUGAGGAAGGCAAUAAAAUAGCGGCAGCUGCUACAGCCAAAAAACAUUAUAUCAAAAAUAAUAAAAUGUAUAGCAAACCUCGAUCCAUUAGUCCCCUCACUGCAGCCACUAACUUGCCAGAGGAAACAAAGAGCCUAGCCUGUAGACCUUCCUCCAUCGUCCCAAGGCAGACCAAUCCGCCUAUUGAACAAAUGAAGCUGGCUCCCAAAAAAUGGAAACUCGCUAAAAGUAUGCCAAACACGUUACUAAGUGCGGCACCUAUCCCUCUGCUUAGCCUCUCCACUGAUAAACCAUUGGCUUCUCCCCCUACCCCUUCAAUCGUUCCUUCUGAUGUUACCUUCAAUGAUAUUCUCACUGAAUAUUUUUCUAACGACCAGAAUAUAGAGUUAGUUCAAGCUUGCCUCGCAUUCAACUUAUCCACUGUUCUAGCCAUUCCUUCCGUUUUCAAUCACGUGUUUGAUCAACCCUUGACAAAGCGACACAAAUAUGGUGCAGCCCUUUCCGCUCUUUUGAAUGCCAACUGCAUUGUUUUAAAAGACGUGAUUCAGGCAAUGGCCUCUUACCUUACUGCAGUCGAAGACCAUUUGGAAGAUUACCCUAUGCUGUUUGAAUAUUUGGCAGAUGUCUUGAAACCUUUAAUAAUCCCUGGUGAUAGUAAUAUGAGUGAGUAUUACGAUAUUCUAUUGACUAGCUUACCUAAUGAGAGUCACCGGAGUGCACUGACCAUUGCUCUGAAUAAAAAUGAUAUAUCUUUUUCUUCAUAAUCUUGUGGGGUUUUUGAGUCUUGAAGAAGCCUAUCAUCUCCAAAAUCGUUAGUUAUACUUUUCGCUUUACGUCAUAAUUUGGAUCUCUUCAUAUUAUGUAUUAUCAUACAUGCUUCGAUAAUAAGGAGACCAAAUAAAUCAACCGUAACAUAUUUAUGAUAUUCUACGAAUGAAUCACAUGAUACGAAUUCCUAAUUUAUUUAAAUGAUGAAAAAAUUUGACACUUUUAUAAUGUUUCGCCACUAACAUGCAUUAAAUCGAACGGUGAAAACACUUUAUAUAAAUCAAAUUUUUUGAGCGCCUUCUCUUUAAUUUUUGCAUGUUAAUUUUUUUAUAUUUCUUAAAAAUAUGUAAUUCUUUCCUGGAUAUGUAUAACAUUUACGUUUAAAUUAGUCAAUAUAUUUUUUUUAUUUUUACUUAUAUAAAUAUAUAUAUAAUAUUUAAUUACCAUAUGAUAAAAUUCAAAAAUAUUUAUCAGUUUCCAAAAGGAUAUAUAUAAAAUGUUACUUUACAAUUUUUUUUAAAAAAUAUUUUGCAAAUAUCGCGCUAUAUAUGUUCAUUUAUUAUGUUUCCAUGACUUGUGAAUUUUAAUUUCUUUAUAUAAUUUAAAAUGGGAAAUAAAUUUUUUUAAAAAUAAAUUUUUUUAUAUUUCGCGAUCGACGAAAUACGAAAUUAAUAACGAUUAAAAGUCGAUGAUGAAGA